AGAGGUUGGACGCUUGAGAAAGAGAUUGGACGCUUCAAAAAAGAGGUUGGACACUACAGAAAAGAGAUUGGACACUUCAGAAAAGAGGUUGGACACUUCAGAAAAGAGGUUGGACACUACAGAAAAGAGAUUGGACACUUCAGAAAAGAGAUUGGGCACUUCAGAAAAGAGGUUGGAUACUUCAGAAAAGAGGUUGGACACUUCAGAAAAGAGAUUGGACACUUCAGAAAAGAGAUUGGACACUUCAGAAAAGAGGUUGGACACUACAGAAAAGAGAUUGGACACUUCAGAAAAGAGGUUGGACACUUGAUAAAGAGAUUGGGCACUUCAGAAAAGAGGUUGGAUACUUCAGAAAAGAGGUUGGACACUUCAGAAAAGAGAUUGGACACUUCAGAAAAGAGAUUGGACACUUCAGAAAAGAGGUUGGACACUACAGAAAAGAGAUUGGACACUUCAAAAAGAGAUUGGACACUUCAGAAAAGAGAUUGGACACUUCAGAAAAGAGGUUGGACACUACAGAAAAGAGAUUGGACACUUCAGAAAAGAGGUUGGACGCUUGAGAAAGAGGUUGGACGCUUCAGAAAAGAGGUUGGACACUUCAGAAAAGAGGUUGGACACUACAGAAAAGAGGUUGGACACUACAGAAAAGAGGUUGGACACUUCAGAAAAGAGGUUGGACACUACAGAAAAGAGGUUGGACGCUUCAAAAAAGAGGUUGGACACUACAGAAAAGAGGUUGGACGCUUCAAAAAAGAGGUUGGACACUACAGAAAAGAGGUUGGACGCUUGA